CUCACAUUGCAACAACUUGAAAUUAGUCUGCAUCAGAAUCUUGGAAGUGCGGGCUGGUGCGAUGACUAUGCUUUGAAUCGGAAGCUAGAAAAUCGUGGAGUUGCGAGACCGCUACCUACACGCAUCUUGUCCACCAUGGAUUCGCAAUCCGAAGGCGAGACUCAGCCCGCGACCCAAUUCGAGGGGGGUUCUGACGACGCUGAGCUCUUGUAUGAAGCCAAAGCGAUCUUGGAUGAAAGGACACGAACCAUCCGAGGGAAGCCCGUGGGACAGUAUCUAGUCGAUUGGGCAGGACGGGACGAGAACGGCAAGCCAUGGGACCCGACUUGGCAGAAAAAGGGCGACUGUACCAACGAGCUCAUCAGGGAAUGGAAGGCCACCAAGCUGAGAGAUCCUGGUAUCUUCGGUCGGUGGCAAGCGGCAGAGGCUGAAAGGAAGAAGCAAGAAGCCGAAAGCAAGAGACAGGCCAGAGCUUCUGCUUCGGCCCGAAGGAGCGGUCGGGCGAGUUCUCGAGCCGGAUCUGUAGCCUCGUCAAGGGGAGAAAAGAGGAAACGGAGCGAGACAGCCGACGAUGUAUUGACAGAUGUCGUCACCCCUCGAAGAAGGAAGAGAGAGCUGAAAAGUGUGGAGACGGCAUGGUCUGCAGGUCCAAUCAGCGAGUCCGCACUUUCAUCUCCCGAGAAAGUUACCAGAAGCAAACGAGGAACCAUUAGCAAGGGGCAGGCUGAGAGCGAAGCAUCACACGCUACAGCAGUGUUGAGCGACACUCCGUCUCAAUCGCCUGUCAAGUCUAAGCGAUCUACAAGGAAUUUAUCGAAACGUGAUGCGAUCUCGACGGGGAAAAAAGCUCAGACCCCCCGGAUAGAAGACGAUGUUGAGAGCUUGACCUCCGGCGACGAUACCGACGAUGAUGUCGUGAGCAAACCUACAAACGGAAAGGGCAAAGAGCCUGUCCGCCCCUUGGGUGGGAGUCGGCAUAGGGAUUCUGCGCGAGGUCAGGUCAGGGUGUACGGAAGUUCGGCUGUUCGUCCACGAGCCCCUGUACCUAGCCUCGCUGAUCAAAUCUUCGGCGACGCUUUCGCGACGGGGAGUGAUGGCGUGGAGUUCGAAGAGGCAACGGGAGAAGAUCCGACUGAUCCGGUCGAGAACGCAGAGGAUCUGGGUGGAAGCAGUGACUCUGAGCUUUCUGAGGACAAUGACAGGGUCAUUGUCGAGAUCGGACCAAGAACAAUACAGGACGCUGAGCUAUCGGAUGAAGCCGACCUGGUUGUUGACGCGAGACCGAAGGCAACGCAGAACCUUCCGGCAGGAGAUAUUGAGGACAGAACAGGCGCAGGAGGACAACAAAGCGCUCUUAGAGUCGCUACAACCCCUGCAAACAAGGGGAAGCGUGUUGCGUUUGCCGAGACACAAGAAUCCGACGAAUCGGUCGUACCUGGAACUCUCUCGACUGUUCAAUCAUCUCAGCCAAGCCAAGAGUUCUCGGCUUCUCCUCUUGAGAACGUACAGCCUGAACUGGGGCAGGCGAUCGGUUCUCAAGCAGUGCCUUCAAGUCCGCGGGACGAUUCUCUCCGAACUCUCAGCGAUAUCACGCCUACUCCUCCAGAAGAUGACAUCGAUGCUCCUGCCGAUACUCAUGUCAAGGCCACACCUGAUCCUGAAGAGCUUCAGACUCAGGCUGAGGGAUCUGCAUUCGAGCCUGCAGACGAUAUGAUCGCUCUUGACGGGUCUCGAAAUGAGGAUCAGCCCUUGACUGAAUCUGCUAUCGACCUUGCGGCAGUUGCUGAUAGAGAAUCGAUGCCAACAUCGGAAGCUGCGGACGCGUCACUGGACGCGGAUCUCUCUGCAUCGCAGACCGAGCUUUUCCAGGCCGCUGUCGCCAUGAUGGCAGAUCAUGGUUACGAAGACGAUUCCGAGUCAUCUCAAGGUCAGAUGUCGGCUGUAAUCAGCUCAGCAAAUGAAAUUAAUCGACCAACCAGCGCAACAAACAACAAUCAUGCGGGCCCAUCGAACCAUAUCGAACCGUUACGACCACCUCGCGCACGUGUUGAUAUAGCUGCUACACUACAGGCUGCCUGGAUGGUACAGAGAUCUUCUCCAGAGCGACCUGCGUUCCAGCCGCUGGCACUCAUCAGGCCGUCUGUACUCGGAAAAACGGACCCUCCUACAGUUGCGCAUGAUCCGACGCUCACACAGGAGACGAUCGACCAAUUUUCGAGCCCAAACAAGAGUCCCGCCCCUGUCCGUAAGCGGGCGCAGGCGCCAAUUUCUCAAUCUGGUUUGGCUAGUAACGACAUGAGCGAUUCGAUCCUGCCGGAAGACGUGUUCCAGGAUAAUUCGAACCGCAAUACUACUGAGCUUCAGGUCACUGCCACGUCUGAGGAGCCCUCAUGUGGUUCCAAUGAGACCGGGACUGGUCAGCCCAAGGCAAACGGACAUUUGACCUCUACUAAACCGCCGGAUAGGUCAAAUCCUCCUAUGAAUCCAGCGAGCAAUGCAGACAUUCCGAUCGAUCGCAAUGCAUCGAUACGACCUCCUAUGCAGAAGACCCCGCCCGAUGCGAUACCACAUGCACCAGUGGCUACUGGUCUUGACGAAACAGCGAGACAAGAGUUGCAGAGGCUGACAAAGCUGUCGAGCGAACAAGCUACAAGAAUCAAAGCCCUCGAAACAACAGUCAGCAACCUGAACGAGCAGGCUGCGGCGUCGGAUCAGACCAUCGAGAGUCUUCGUGCUUCCCUCGCUUCUUCCAGCGAAGAUCUAGAGCUCCACCGCAACCUAUACGGCGAGGCGAGGGAUCGGGCCGUAGAGCUGACAAGAGACAACUCUGCAUUGGAGGAUAGGCUAUCAGUCUUGAAGAGCCAGUUAGAUUUGGGACUCAAACAACAGAAACUUCACGCGCAAGCCGAAGUUGAUCGCGUGGACCGCGAGAACAAGCAACUCAAAAACAAACUCGCUUUCCUGCUCGAGCAAAACCGGUCGACGGGUGAUGCGAUCCGACACCGAGCUGCGCAAUAUCCGAAACUGCAGUACGAACAUUACAAGCUCGCUGAAGCAGUUUUGAAGGAGCGCCGGAAGGCCGCAGACGCGCAACAAGCGUUAAAGCAGGCCAACAAGGAAGUCUCGCGACUCGAAAGACAGUUAGACAUUUGCGCUCCGUCAGAUGAAUCGGAUAGCGAGUCCGGUAUCGAUGAGGAUGAUCUCGAAGAAUAUCCUACGAUCGACGACCUCGUUACCAAGGGAUAUACUCUGCCUCAAACAAGUGACAAGGACACGGCUGAUGUCAUCCUUACCGGUCCUGGUGCAUCCGCGAUCCAGACUUCCCGGUCCGACAUGCCUGACACCAUCCCUCGUGAAGCGCCUGCCAUGCUUUCGGAACCUGCGGCUAGCCAGUCACAAAACCCAGUAGCCGCGUCUGGAGCCGAACCGAGUACCGCUGUCGACAACCGUGGCGCGAGUUUAGCUGAAGUAGCAAUAACGCAGCCACCAAGUCUCUUACAAUUCCUGGAGAAAUCGUUCGCCUCCACUGCUUUGCCUUUCGACCUGCGUAUCGAUGUGGUGCAAUCGCAGCCCAAGAAAACUUCGAAUACCGCCACACUAUUCCCUUACUCUUACGAUCAUUACAAAGUUUGGGAAAGCCGAAUACUCAUCACGGUCGCUGGACAAGUUUCGGAAAACGAUAAUACUUCGCCUCUGAUGGUCUCGGCCCUGGAAGUCUAUGUGUUUACCAUUCCGGCGACGCUCUCGACCGUCAUCUACAUCUCCAAGGUGGAUUCAUCCGGGUAUCCCAUACUACCAUCCAAAUUCAAAUCUCCAGCCCUGACCAAUCUCUUGGUGACUUCCUUCCUGACAUAUCAAUGCGCCGCCCGGACUCGACCUACACCUCGUGUGUAUUGCCGAUUGUUCGCUCGAGCCCAGAAGCAGUACCUCUUCGCAAAUUCGAGUGAAGGAGGUGCUAAGAAGGUUCUUACCGGUCUUGGUCUAUGCAAAUGGUGGAGAUCCGUGUUCGAAAAGGUUGUUUUGAACAUCAAAGCGGAACAGGAACGAGAAACUGGGGACAUGGCCGAUGCCACCCACCUCAACUGUUGGCUUCCAGGCAUCGAUCCGGCAGAAGCCAAAAACCAAAUGGGACCUUCCAAGGUACCUGGAGCCGCGCACUUGAUAUGGUCUUACGGACCACCCUUCGAGGAUUCCGAGUCGAGUCCUCUUUACCCAAACCGAUACGACACAACCUCAAGAAAGCUUGCUUGUCUCAUUCCUCGUUUCGAGGAUGAUCCUAAGGGCCGGUAUCUCGAUGAAUUGGUGAUCAACGCGUCAAACAAAUCACAAGCAGCGCUUAGGCGUGAUGGUGUAUCCAAUCCAAACAAGAGCCAGUCCUCAGGCGAGAUCACUUCUAAAGCCAUCCAGCAGAAGCGCAAAGAGGAUGAAACAAGAUUGAGACGAGAAGCGGCACUCUCCCUCGAAAGGUAUAAGCCUGCCGACUUUUGGGAGACUCUCUCCGCUCGUCAGGACUGUUACCCAGGGGAUCAAACCGGAUUCCUAGGUGUGAGCUUCGGUCCCGCACCUUCCUCAUCUGGCCUCGUUACGUCCGGACAGGUCAAAAACUUGGAGACGAGCCUGGACAAAGCUAUCGGACUCAACCUGAAGAUCGUUAGCCGGCUGGUGACGGCGUUGCUUAACCACGAUUUUGGCACCAGAGCGUUCGCCAUGAUAGGAACAGGCCGGUUCUUGUCUGAAAUGGAAAGGAUUCUUUCAGCCGAGAUUGGUAUGGAGGCUUGGCGACAGCGGUGUUUGGUCGAGAUCUCAAAAAAUGCCGAGGCGGUAGAACGUCCGGCCGCGACCGCAACAACUCAAGCGAUGGGAACACCUGUCAACGUUCUCAAGCCUGUCAGAAAAAAGGCAAAGAAUGUAUCCCAGGCCGCGCCUUCAUCGCGCCCAAACGCGAUGGUCACCGGGCCACCCGGUCAGGCUUAUCAUUGCAAAUGGAGACUCGGGGACCAGACACAGUGCCUCUCUUUGUGGGCAACGGCGGAGGAUUUCGAGCGGCAUGUCACAUCUCACAUCUCGUGAUCGAUACAUCGGACAACAUGAUAGAUAGCUGCAUACAGAAUGAGCACGGCGGGUGUGACGGCGGUCUUGACUGAUUAAAUCGUAGGCUUCAGUUUGUAUCUAACCCUCGCCUA